ACGUGCAUCACCUGCGAGGUGUCCUACUGCGACCGCUGCCUGCGCGCCACCCACCCCAACAAGAAGCCCUUCACCAGCCACCGCCUGGUGGAGCCCGUGCCCGACACGCACUUCCGUGGACUGACGUGCCUGGAGCACGAGAACGAGAAGGUGAACAUGUACUGUGUUGCGGACGACCAGCUCAUCUGUGCCUUAUGUAAACUGGUGGGCCGCCACCGGGACCACCAAGUGGCAUCGCUCAGUGAUCGCUUCGAGAAGCUGAAG